UCACAGUUGAAAUUUCCACUGAAAGAGAGAUCCGUCGGUGACUCCAGCAGUAAUCAAGUGCUUUUCUUCGGUAAAAGUGACGGAGGAGACGGCGUAGCUAUGGCCGGCGAGAGCGAACCCUGCCUGGAACGAAUGUGCUACUUAGCGCAAGCUAUCAAAAGGUGCCAUGUAAGAAGUUUUUUCCCCUCUCAAUACAUCGUUUACAUGAAAUGCAGUUAUAUUUCGCAGUCAAAGAGUAGUACAAACCGCUGUGCUUAG